AUGCCGCCGAAGAAGGGAUCCGCCCGGGACAAGGAGGCUGACGCGCUCGCCGUGGAGGAACAGCGUCAGGCCAAGCGAAGCCGCGAGAUCUUCGACGCCGCCAUGGACGGCCGGCAGCUCUCGCGCGUCCGGCCGUCGUCGAUCCGGGAGCUCGUGCCCUCCAAGCUCCUCCGCAGGAGCGACUGCAAGGACGUCCACAAGCGAUCGAGCGUCAAGAAAUCCCGGUACAUGACGAUAUUCCCAGGGCAGCUCGCGCACCUCAAGGAGGGCAGGAUCGGCUCGCUCGCCAAGCUCGACACCCAGAACCCCGUGCUGUACAUCGAGUACGGCCACCUCGGCAGGCUCAAGCUCGAGGGUACCAUCGUGCGAAGCAAGACCACCCGGUACUUCACCCUCAACGUCAAGAGCCGCGACAGGCUGAACCUCGAGGACUGGUUCGACAGCUGUGUCGUGUUCGGCCGGUACGCGUGGGUGGGCACCGUGGAGGAAAACCCGGGCGAGGAACCGAUGCCGUUUCCCGAACAGCUCGCGCACGUCGCGGCGGCGGCAGCCGCGGACCCCGAUAAAGGAGACGCGAAAGGGGAGGAGGAUGAGGACCUCGAUCCCGCCGUCGCCGCCGUCGUCGCCGCCGCGCGAGCCGCGCACAAGCCGCCGACGGAGGCGGACAUGUGGAACGCAUCCGUCGCGGCGGAGGAGGGCGCCAAGCCCAUCGUGUCCCGCCACGUGGCAAACGACGACGACGACGACGACGACGACGAAGACGAGAAGCCGGCGAUUGGGAGGGAAUCGGCCUCCGCGCCCGCGCGCUCCGACGACGACGACGACGACGUCGACGACGACGGCGACGACGCGGCUGGCCCCGGCGCGAGAAGACCCAGGCGCGAGUCCGCCAAAGCCGUCAACUACGCCAAGUACGACGAGGGCGACGACGACGUGUUCGACGACGACGACGACGACGAGGACGGGGAUCGGGUGUUCCGGGGGCGGGCCACGGCGACGGUGGCCAAGGCGGCGCCCGCGGGGUUCUCGGCGCACAGCUCUGGGCUCGGGAAGCGGGAGAAGGAGACGAAGAAGCCGCGCGCGGCACGGGCGCCCAAGAAGGAGACGAAGAAGGAGGCGAAGACGGAUGAGGUGAUCUCGAUCGACGACGACGAGGAUGACGACGAGGAUGACGACGAGGAGGACGACGAUGCGCGGAAGGACGAUGACGAGGGUUCCGACGACGAGCCCCUCGCGGCGCGGCCCUCGGCUAAUAACAAGCAGAGCUCGCUGCUGGGUUUCCUCAAGCCCAAGGCGGACGGCGGCGGGGGAGAGAAGCCUCGGCCGAGGCGGGCGUCAGCCGAGGCGGCCAAGCCCAAGCCGGUGAAGCGAAAGCACGUCCUGGACAGCGACGAUGACGACGAGGACGAGGAUGAGAGCGAGGAUGACGACGACGACGACGACGACUGGGCGUAG